AUGGAUGCUAGGCUCUCCCCACUCGUGUACUGGCCAGAGAGGCACCAGCUGUGGCACACUAUGCCUAUGUGUUUCAGAUAUUCAUUUGGAAACAAGGUGACAGUAAUCAUUGACUAUUUUGAGGUGUUCAUCGAAAAGCCUUCUAAUCUUCUUGCUAGAGCUCAAACAUUUUCUUCAUAUAAAAAUCACAAUACCAUCAAAAUACUACUUGGUAUCACACUUCAAGGGACAAUUUGUUAUGUGUCUAAGGCAUGGGGAGGUCGCACAUCAGACAAAUAUUCCACUGAGAACUGUGGUUUCUUGGAGAAGUUACUGCCUGGAGAUUUAGUUAUGGCCGACAGCGGUUUCACCAUUUCUGAAAGUGUCAGUCUAAAGCAUGCUAAGCUGGUGAUCCCUGUCUUCAUCAAAGGGUUGAAACAGUUGGACCCCAUUGAUGUUGAGGAGACCAGAGGCAUCGCCAACGUACGUAUCCAUGUGGAGAGGGUAAUAGGGCUAAUCCGCUGCAAAUACACCAUCCUAGAAGGCAUACUUCCAACAGAUUUUCUUUCUAGUAAUCACCGUGGAACAGUAGACUUUCAAGUUCCUUUAAUUGAUCGAAUUCUGAGGGUGUGUUCAGCACUUGUUAACUUAUGCCCUCCUAUAGUUCCAUUUGACUAG